UACAUCAUGUUUAAAUCAAAGUGCACCACAGUGCAUUAGCAUCGGCAGGUGCCAAAGUUAGAUUUAAUUUUUAUAGUCUGAAUGAGAAAGUGAAAAAAUCGAUUUUUCCAAAGCAAAAAUAUAUACCUGGACCAGUAGUUGUCCAAAAAUCGAACAUAAUGAGCAAUCAAACAACAAAAUAGCAACUAAGGAAGGAAUAUAACAGAUAAUACUUUUUAAAAUGACAGAGAACUUGGAAUUACAUCAGUUCGUGGAUGGGACACGGACGGGAGAUGUUUCAAAUCGUUGGCUGGAGCGCUUGAAGAUGCGUUUGAAUUGCCCCUAUCUGGGCAUUAUACUGGCCACCAUGUCAUCUCUAUUUUUCUCGCUGUGUUCAGUUAUAGUAAAGGGCCUGGUGGAUGUCAACCCCAUGGAGAUGGCAUCCUUUCGAUUCGUCGGAGUUCUACUGCCCGCCAUACCCAUACUUAUUUAUACAAAACAGCCCGUAUUUCCGGAGGGAAAGCGCGUGAUUCUACUGCUGCGCUGCUUUAUGGGCACCACCGGGCUAAUGCUCAGUUUUUAUGCCUUCCGGCAUAUGCCGCUCGCCGAUGCCAGCGUCAUCAUCUUCUCCACACCUGUGUUCGUAGCCAUAUUUGCGCGAGCCUUCCUUAAGGAGCCGUGCACGCUUUUCAACAUUGUCACCAUCAACAUGACCCUCUUGGGAGUGGUUCUGAUUACACGACCGCCUUUGGUAUUUGGUGACGAUAACACGCCUUUGCUGGAAAGCGAAAAGUAUACGGAUAAGACAUACGAUAUUUGGGGACCAGUUGCUGCCAUAUCAUCCACACUGUUCGGUGCCAAUGUAUACAUUUUACUCCGAGCCCUGAAAGGACUGCAUUUUUCCGUGAUUAUGACAAAUUUUGGCGCGGUCGCGCUUGUCUACACACUCAUCGUUUGUGGAUCUAUCGGUGCUGUGUGCUGGCCGAGUUGCGGGCGGGAUCGCUGGCUAGUGGUCGUACUAGGCAUAUUCAGUUUUCUGGGCCAAAUACUAUUGACGCUCUCACUGCAAGUGGAGCAGGCGGGUCCUGUGGCAAUCGCACGCUGUGCCGACAUUGUGUUCGCCUUUGUUUGGCAGAUUUUGUUCUUUGGCGAAACUCCUACCGCAUACUCGCUAUUCGGUGCAUUAAUGGUAGUUAGUUCGGUUAUUUUGACGGCUAUGAAGAAAUGGGCAAUGACCCUGCCACGCGAAUCGUCGCUGCGAAAGCGUUUACGAAUCUUUUUGCUGGAAUGAAAGAAUAUCUAGACAAUUUAUCAAUACAUACUUGCUAUGUAUAAUGGAAUGCUUUAGAUCUGUUCGUGGUUUCUCUCAAGUAAAUUCUAGUCACAUCGUUCACACAUCGUAUUUAGUACUUACUUUGGGC